AUGGACAUUAAAGAGCUAUUGGUGAUAGGAGAUUCAGAUUUGUUGAUCCAUCAGGUGCAAAGAGAAUGGACCACCAAGAAUGUCAAAAUCCUUCCUUAUGUGCAAUGUGUUAAGGAAUUGAGCAAAAGGUUUAUGAAGAUCGAAUUCAAGUAUGUCCCUCGAAUUCAAAAUGAGUUCGCCAAUGCCUUGGCGACACUAUCUUCAAUGAUUCAGUAUCCAGAUAAGAAUUACAUCGAUCCCAUCAAAGUGGAGAUGCACAACCAACAAGCCUACUGUUUCCAUAUAGAUGAAGAGCUAGAUGGAAAGUUGUGGUACUACGACAUUAAGAGGUUACUCGGAGCAGGAAGAUAUCCAGAAGAUGCUACUGACAAAAAGAAGAGGACUUUAAGAAGAAUGGCCAAUCAUUUUUUCUCAACGGGGAAAUCCUAUAUAGGAGGAAUCCAGACCUAG